AUGACAAAUCCACGCAAUGCCAAGCGAAAUGCAGACAACGCUGGCUGGAGUUCAAGUCUCUCGAAUCAGGACAAAGAUUUGGACAAUGAAGAUUCUAACAAAUCAGUAUACAAGGGUACACAUGAGGACUCCAUUGAUCGUGACAUUGACAUCACUGGUGAUGGCGAUGACGAGAACAACAGCGACGGCUUCCUGCAAGACAUCAAUGUGCAAGAUAUUGCUGUUCCCGGAAUGGUUCGAUGCGAGGAGAAAACUCGGGAUGUCAACACAUUCUUUGGCAAGUCCUAUGUGCAUAAGGCGAAGGAUGGAAGAAGGGGUCACCCUCGUAAAUAG